CCUCGGGCUUCUCCCUCUUCUUUCGUGCGCGCCACGCGACUGCUUCUAUGGUGAGCUGCAGAUACUCAAGCAACCGGCCGACUUUGCAAUAGAUUCACUGACCGAGUGACCGGGACUGAGACUACAAAAAAUGGAGGAAGACAGCAGUCCCCUUGAGUCGCGGCCCUCGAGGAUAUCAUUCAGCCAGGGCACAUUCAAGGCCAAGGCAUCGCCGCCGAGAGUGACUGUCGGCCUCCGGCUACCUAUCGCGGCCAGACGUUCGACGUCUGUGAGAAGCGGCGCUGGAGACGCGAUGCCAACGGAUGGUACGUCGUCUUUGCGGCUUUCGCUCUCCCAGUGGCUGGAGGCUAUUGCAAGAGAAGAGCUCGAAUUCAUAGGCAGCCCGCCACCGACGGAGAGGGGCAGCCCCAGGGCGAGACAGCAGUAUGUGCGGUGGGUGAGGCUGCAAUGUUUUUACCGCGCCCUCUGCAAGAUCCUGGAGUUCCAGCUGCCGUUCUUGCCGCGACCGCCCACUGAUGUGUUGAAGGCUGCCUCGCCACUGUGGUAUUCAGCUCUAAUGGACAUGAGGGAGAGGGAGGGAGACACCAGAGAGGGAGCCGAGUUGCCGAUGACCACCCUUCCUUGGCUGAAACAGUCAUCAGAGAGCAUCCUCGGCCGCGUUGGAAGACGACGGCCGCAGAGCGCCCCACCCGAGAGAGCCCCAAGACAGGAGAUAUCAUGGCAAGACUUCUACACCUUCCUGACUUCGUUUGACACCGAAGCCUUCAUUGCCAAGGCGUCGGCCGAGGCGAGAAGGGCCAUAUUCGAACGAGACAGAGGGAGGGCGGACCGGCGGUCGAGCAGUGAGGAGCCGGGGUAUCCCUCAGGAGACUCCUCGCCGGCGGGAAGGCCUGUGCGGCUUGUCGCGGGGAGGCAGCCGCGGAGGCAGUAAGCACGGGGGGAGGAGAAAUGGGGACAGUGAUGAGGGGGAUGAGUGGCCUGUGUUUGCAGGGUGAUGUAUGACCGCGGCAAGACGUUUCAGGAGCUGCUGAAGGAGCUACCAGGCGUCAUUCAGGCAAAAGUCGAGCUGCUGCGGGUAGCUGGAGGAACCGGGAUGCGGCUGUGCGUAUCGAAGCCACGAUGUCUGUUCCUGUCGUCUUUUCGAUCAGGGUCACUUUCCCGGUCUGUCUUGCCAGAGUGAUGGGUCGCUGGAGAAACUGAGUGUGCUCUUCAAGUCAGAGACCAAGCGCAAAGGAAACAUCAUCAUCGAGUGAGUGAGUCAGUGAAUGAGCAGACGGAUACACACACCGUCAGUCGAAUUGUGUUCUGUGUCUGUUGCUGCUCUCUGCCUCCCGCAGAGAGGGCUCCAGUCUGUCUCAUGUCUACAUCAUCAGCUCAGGCACAUGUCGAUCGCGAAAACUAAAAGUGCCGCCACCACCGGCAGAGUCCGCCGCCAUCCGCGAGGCAGCCGCGGCAACCCCCUCCCUCACGCAGGCCGAGCUCGGGCAUGUCCUGGACCGGCUGUGCCCCCGCACCUACCAGGACGUCAGUGUGGCCGAACGAGGUCACGUUGUGGGGCUAAUCUCUGCGUUGGUGGGAAUACCCGAGCCACUGACUGUUGUGGCUGACUCAGCCAAUGUCGAGUGCUAUACGAUUGCGGCGAAUGAUGCCAAGACGAAGCUCCCGAAGGACUCGUUUCGGCGGCUGGUGGCCAUGGCGGUCCAACGGGCAGCCAUCUAUGCACCUGAACAACUCCAAGUGCAGCUGCAGAGGUAAGCAAAAUCUAUGGGUUCAUCCCACCUCGACUGUCUCAUUGCUCCAUUUCCUCUGGUCAGAGGCGAGCGUGCCAUCCUUCGCACACUGGUGGAGGCCUACUCCUCCUUGUAUGGCCUCCCGUCCUUCCAGCACUCGCCCUUCCUGCGCAACAAGAUGCACCAACACCCUCACGCCCUGCAGCUGCUGGAGCACCUCGACACCGAUCCCGAACUGCUGCCAGUCCCUCUCACCUCUGACCUCUCACUGCUGGAGCUGCUGUGUCUCCACUCGGGCGAGUUCAGUCCACCCGAGCACACGGACCAGAGGCAUGACGUCAGGAAGGCAGCUCUCUUCAUGGGGCUGGUGCUGAGGCCCCGGCCUCUCAAGGUGGGGGCAAGGGUCACCAAGCGGGAGGUGCAGGCAGCGAAACGGGUCAAGGAGGCCAUGGAGCGGUCACAAAAAACUAGCUUCAAACAACUGCUAAGGGUAUGAAGCGAAUGGAAUGCUCGGAUCCUUCUCAUCAGUCGAUUGUCUGCUUUCAGAAUCCCUACCUGGAUGCUGAUCUCUGCCCCCCUCGCACAGCAACGCCACCAGCCGAGAUGCUUGAAGCAGCAGCUGAAGGCGAUUUGGUGUCUCCUCCGUUUCUGCCCAUCAUGACGAAACAGAAGUCGCGCGCCUUCCUGGUGUCCAAAGAACGGCACAAGGAGCUGCAUCGACCGGUGCCGCCACUCAUGCCCGAGGAUGACGAGAUGCUGCAGAAACCGCCAGAUGGAUUCCUGGAUGAACUGCCAGCUGAGAGGUGAGGCACAGGCAUGCAGGCACGUGAUCGAUCGAUGUGUAUAUAUGUGUCCUUGUCGGUCUGUGUGUCUCGCAUGUGCUGCCCAGAGCUUUCAGCCACCGAUAUGUGGUGAUCCGCCCGCUGCAGAAGCCACCCAAAGGGGAGCAGCAACUGACUUCCAAGACACCAGCUGCUGCUUCGGACAAGCCAUUUGACAAAGACACCCACACCGAGAGACGGCGGCCCCACUCGGCCUCAUCGGCUUCCCUGUGCACCCACACAACCCUCCCGCCCCCUUCACCUCCCCCAAUGCCUGGCAUGUCUCGCCCCGACUCGACUGCGGCCCUGUUCACGGAUCAACCUUCACGGCCCGGCACAACAGCAGCAACAGGCAGUAUGUUCAGGUCCAUGUCUGAGCGGCCUAUCAGGAGAGGCAGCGAAACACGGCCUCACACGACGAUUGCCGACAUAAGAGACAUGGUCAUGGCUCGAUCGUCCAGUGGCAUUGGAAUUGGGGUGAUGACGGAACAGGAGGAGACAGAGGCGCGGCUGCUGUGGAUUCGGUCACUCAGAGGGCUGCACGCGCACAUCCCUCGAUCCCAUCGGCCAGGACAUGCUGAAGCCGAGGGUGCCGAUGCAGACCGCCCGCCGACCCGGAUACCCUUACGACGGCUCUCCUUCACCCCCGAGACACAACACAUGCCUGACCGAGAGCAGCUCUCAUCCCUCACUCUCAAGGCGACAUCCCUCCAGACCGCGCCGAAGAGACAACCGACGGUGCCGAGAGAAAGACCGCCACAUCCCCCACGGCCAGAGAGCAGCAGCAAAGGAUCAGACGCACUGCCACUGAGCCGGCCGGGGUCGUCUCUGUCUGUUGCCUCGGCGAGGGACCGCCCGCCGAGCAGCACCAGCAGCACCGGCAGUCGGGGGAGGCGGCAGAGGCGGGAGGUGAAAGGCAACGCGCGCGUAUAUCGUGGGCCGGUGCCGCCUGGCAAAGGCGGUGAUCAGGAAGGGGUUGGAUUGCUAGACGCAUGGGAGGGAGGAGGUGGUGCGUAGGUCGGUGUGUCAUAGGGACGGAUGGAUACAUGCAGUGUACAUAGAAGAGCUAGCCAUUGGGUCUUUCCGAGGCGUACGUCACACUGUCUUAGGUUUGUGUCAUUGCUUGG